UCCCAAACAUGGCCGGCGUCUGAUUUUAGUAUUGUCCCUUCUGUAUUUUCCUCUCUUAUAUAUAAUCAACCUGUUGGGAUAACGUCAAUAGUAUGUAUAUAUGUAAAGUUAUCUGCAGGAAAAUAGCAAGUGAGGAUACAAAGUUUUUGAUGGAAGAUCCGAGAAAGUUGGAAGAGGGGUUUGGAAAUGGUGCACAGCCUGCAAGCAAAGACAAAGAUUGUCAGGGAAAGAAAGCAACUGAGAAUAUUGUUCACAACGCCAUUAGCAAUGAGACUGAACAAAAGAGCAUCACAACCUCGGACCUGCCUGAGGAACGGAGGGAGGAGGAGCCACUAAUAAAGCAAAAAACAAAGAGAGUUGCAACCUUAGAUGCCUUUAGAGGCCUCACAAUAGUGCUGAUGGUACUUGUAGAUGAUGCUGGAGGGGCAUAUCCGCGUAUUGAUCACUCGCCAUGGAAUGGCUGCACGUUGGCUGAUUUUGUGAUGCCAUUUUUCCUCUUCAUUGUGGGAGUGGCUAUUGCUCUUGCCCUCAAGAAAAUUCCAAAGGUCGAGAAUGCAAUUAGAAAGAUAACUUUGAGGACACUGAAGCUCCUUUUUUGGGGAAUUCUGCUGCAAGGAGGAUAUUCUCAUGCUCCCGAUGAUUUAUCUUAUGGAGUCGACAUGAAGAAAAUCCGGUGGUGUGGCAUUCUCCAGAGAAUAGCUUUGGUAUACUUUGUUGUGGCUUUGAUAGAAACUCUGACAACCAAGCUCAGACCAAGCAGUCUAAGUCCUGGCCAUUUCUCAAUUUUCACUGCCUAUAAAUGGCAAUGGAUUGGGGGGAUCGCUGCAUUUGUAAUCUACAUGGUUACAACAUUCUCUCUGUACGUUCCUGACUGGAGUUUCAUGGUGUACGGCCAUCAUAAACAUGACAGAUAUACUGUAAAAUGUGGGAUGCAAGGACAUCUAGGACCUGCAUGCAAUGCAGUUGGUUAUGUUGAUCGACAAGUCUGGGGUAUCAAUCAUCUCUACAACCAACCAGUUUGGGCACGGUUAAAGGCUUGCACUCUUAGUUCUCCAGCUUCUGGUCCACUCCGUGAGGAUGCACCUAUUUGGUGUCAGGCUCCAUUUGAGCCCGAAGGCCUGCUGAGCUCAAUUUCAGCCAUCAUUUCUGGAACCAUUGGAAUUCACUAUGGCCAUGUAUUGAUUCAUUUCAAGGGUCAUGCUGAAAGGUUGAAGCAGUGGGUGUCUAUGGCACUCAUUUUACUAAUAGUAGCGGUAAUUCUUCAUUUCACAGAUGCUAUUCCCAUCAACAAGCAGCUUUACAGUUUCAGCUACGUUUGCUUCACUGCCGGUGCAGCUGGCAUUGUAUUCUCCGGUUUCUACAUACUGAUUGAUGUCUGGGGAAUGCGCACACCAUUCUUGUUCCUGGAAUGGAUAGGGAUGAAUGCAAUGCUCGUUUUCGUUAUGGCGGCUCAGGGAAUAUUCGCAGCAUUUAUAAAUGGAUGGUAUUUCAAGAAUCCAGACAACAAUCUGGUGAACUGGAUUCAGAAGCAUGUUUUCAUUGAUGUAUGGAAAUCAGAGAGAGUGGGGACUCUCUUGUAUGUGCUAUUUGCUGAAAUCACAUUCUGGGCAGUGGUUUCUGGCAUAUUGCACAAACUUGGCAUCUACUGGAAAUUGUAAUAGGCAAAACUGCAGGA